ACUGCUGUUAUUCAUACUUUUAAUAUUAGUAUAUGGACUUAUUUGAUAACGUGUCAUAUUUCAGUGUUUUAUUUAUUGAUUAUUGGUGAUGCCAGAGAAUGCGGCUAUAUUGUAUUGCUUAUAAAAUAGGUUACAAAUGCGCUAUGUAGCCGCCUCAGUGAGAGAGAGAGGGGAUUAGUGGCCUUUGUUAUGUCUUCUGUAUAAUGGAAUCGUCGUUAUUUCUUUAGCCAAUUGGGUGCCGAAGCCUGAAAGCUCUGGUUUAAGCUUACCCGGCCUAUUUGGCAUUUUGAUUGAUGCUCCUGUGGCUCCCUCCAUCCGGCAAGCCAAAAAGGAGGAAGGGGGAAAACGACAAACGGCUGAAGUUCAGUGUUUCUCACACAUGCUCACGCACUCGUGGUUCUGAGACAGCGAGGAUCCGAGCAUUAAGCCGCGCUCCUGUAGCUGCGUGAUCAGGCGCGGCGCGAAGGAGCUCUGGGAGCGCGCGCCUCUUCGGGACCAUGGAUCAUAACAUAGGAGCACAUCUCCACCACACACACGUAGACUCCAUCAGCUUCGGCAUCGAUCAGAUUCUCAACAAUGCAGAGCAAGGGAGCUGUAUGAUCUCUAACCCCAGGAUGCAGGAUUUGGACUACGGGCUGGGGAGCAUUGUGAGCAAUGCCUACAACACCAUGACGGGCAACUUCAACGGCAAUAACACCGGCGGAUACAACAGCAACGCGUGCAGCGCUGCACCACUCGGUGGCUCCUACAACAUGAACAUUGGCAUGAACGGGAACGGAAACGGCCUGAACGCGUCCGGGGUGAUCCGUGUACCCGCACACCGGCCACUCAACAGCAUGCACUCCUCCAUUCAAACAAGCGGGGCCACGGUGCACAACAUGGCAGCCAUGGGCACUCUGAACAACCUCACCGGAUUAACAUUUCCGUGGAUGGAGAGUAACAGGAGGUAUACCAAAGACAGGUUUACAGGUCACCCGUACCAGAACCGCACACCACCGAAGAAGAAGAAGCCGAGGACGUCGUUCACGCGCCUGCAGAUCUGCGAGCUGGAGAAGCGCUUUCACCGCCAGAAGUACCUGGCUUCAGCAGAGAGAGCCGCUCUGGCAAAAGCACUUAAAAUGACUGAUGCACAAGUCAAAACAUGGUUCCAGAACAGAAGAACAAAAUGGAGGAGGCAGACGGCGGAGGAAAGAGAGGCCGAACGGCAGCAGGCAAACCGCUUAUUAAUGCAGCUACAACAAGAAGCUUUUCAAAAGACUCUAAACCAGCCUGUAACUCCGGACCCGAUCUGCCUGCACAACAGCUCCCUGUUCGCCCUGCACAACCUGCAGCCAUGGACUGAUAAUACCAACAAGAUCAGCAGCGUCUCCACCUGCGACUAGCAACACCAACUCUUCU